AUGGAUCACCAAGAUGCUUUGAUCAGCGUUCUGCCUCCAAAGGGUCCAGACCGAAAGAAGCUACUCGAAUUAGUAUCUGGACGUACACCGCUGGUAUGUGCCGUUGAAAUCGGCCAUACAGGGGUGAUUCAACUAUUGCUGCAGUACAACGAGGACAUCAAUGAGAGAGAUGAGGUUGAGGGUAAGACGGCGCUACACAGGGCUGUUGAAAGCGGCAACGAGGAGAUUAUCAAGUUACUACUCCAGUCAGAUGCUGAUGUUGAGGUGGCUGAUCUCAAUGGGCACACACCACUCUGUCUUGCCGCAGCUGAAUGUCAACUCGCGGCUGUAGAGCUACUCCUGAAGUCCAACGCCAACGUCCACGUCACCAACAACAAAGGCCGGACUCCGUUGGCCCUUGUCAUCAUCGGCAUGGCCCCUGAACAAGAGACAUUUCCUGAAAAGGCCAGAAUCAUUCAGCGUCUGGUUGAGAAUGGGAGUGACAUUGAGACCCGGGAUGAAGAUGGCCUUACUCCACUGCUCACAGCUGCGUGUAUCGGUGUUGUGGGCUUGAUGGAGCCGUUAUUGAAGCACGGGGCGGACGUUGAUGCCCGCGGUCCGAAAGGCGAGACAGCACUUUUUUCAGCCGUAACUUGGGGCAAUGAGGAAAUGGCGAAGCUCCUCCUCAAUUAUAAUGCAAACGUCAAUCAUUAUGCAAAUUUCAACACUUUUGACUCUAUUCUGCUGACGCCAUUGGAAUUGACACUAUCCCUUCCCUGGGACUGGGGCAAGCGACGCGUCGUGGAAAUAUUAUUGGAAAAUGGAGCCGACCUGCUGGAAAGAAGAGGAAAUUUUGAAUUGAGCAUUUUGGGAAAAGCCAUUGGCUUUGGCAACCUGGAGUUGACGAAGCUGGUUCUCGACCAUGGAGGCGACAUCGAGCAGGGCAGAAUCCAUUUUCCUCCUCUGUGCUUUGCCGCAUAUCAGCGACAGGAGGGCAUAGUUCAACUCUUGAUAGAACGUGGCGAAUCUCUCCAAAGAACAGAUGGCCGCUACGGACGAAAUGCACUCUCCUGGGCGGCCUCUCGCGGCAAUACAGCCGUGUUCAACCGGCUGUUACAGACCCCCGGAAUUGGAUGGGAUGACGCGGAUCGAAUAGGCCGGACUCCACUAUUCUAUGCAGCUGUUAAAGGCCAUGAUAUGUUCUUCAAACAGCUCAGAUUGCUGGGAAGUGAUAUUCAUCGCCAGGAUCGAUUUGGCCUUACGCCCUUGAUUGUGGCUGUUCAACACGGUCAUAGAGAUCUGAUCCGGCAGAUCCUCGACAAUCAUCCGCUAUCACAAGAGCCUCAAGAUCGGUUUGGCCGCAGUCUAUCAUGGUGGAUACGGGCGACGGGCAACACCUGGAUUCGAGACCUCCUGAUCAGGUAUGGUAUGCGACUGGGAGAUGCACAGAUGGGACAAGAGUACUCGUCUCCUGUCAAAAGGGCAGGAAAGUCAUCACAUGAAUGCGAUGUCUGUACCCUUCCUCUUUCUGGAAAAAAUAGAGGUCGUGAACAUGGUGCUGGAUGCGAAAAGUAUAGAAUAUGCUCAGCAUGUGAUCAUCUUGGAGCAAAGAGUGAGGACUUUACACAGAGAGACGCAUUUACAGGUUGA